AAUAUCUGUGUGAAAGAAGUUCAGUCUCUUUCUCCAGCCAUCUUGGAUUUGACGAGCUGAAGCAAAAUGCCUGGUGAAGCCACAGAAACCGUUCCUGCCACAGAGCAAGAAAUGCAGCAGCCUCAAGCUGAAACAGGGUCUGGGACAGAGUCGGACAGCGAUGAGUCGGUACCAGAACUGGAGGAACAGGAUACAACGCAGUCAGCGACACAGCAAGCUCAGCUUGCUGCUGCAGCUGAAAUAGAUGAAGAACCAGUCAGCAAAGCAAAACAAAGCAGAAGUGAAAAGAAGGCACGGAAAGCAAUGUCAAAACUAGGGCUUCGCCAGGUUACUGGGGUAACCAGAGUCACGAUAAGAAAAUCUAAAAACAUUUUGUUUGUCAUCACAAAACCAGAUGUCUACAAGAGCCCUGCAUCAGAUACCUAUAUUGUUUUUGGUGAAGCGAAGAUUGAAGAUUUAUCUCAGCAAGCUCAGUUGGCUGCUGCAGAGAAAUUCAAGGUACAGGGAGAAUCUGUUGCCAAUAUCCAAGAAAACACACAGACUCCAACUGUACAGGAGGAAAGUGAAGAGGAGGAGGUUGAUGAGACUGGUGUGGAGGUUAAGGACAUAGAACUAGUUAUGUCUCAAGCCAAUGUGUCCAGGGCUAAGGCUGUCCGAGCAUUGAAAAAUAACAACAACGAUAUUGUAAAUGCUAUUAUGGAGUUGACGAUGUAAGCAUCAGAAAAUGCAGGAGUGGGUAACAGUCCCUUUUUGGUGCAGCUUCAGUACAUUUGUACCAUUUAUAUUGAUAAAUCUCAAAUAAAUGUGGCUUGAAAUAGUUAAA